AUGACUACAGUUAAUCAACAGUGUAAUUCCAUUUAUUUAGAACUCUACGAAUCACCACAGUUCCCAUAUGGUACGGUGAGUGGCCUCGGCCAUCCGGAAAACCAGAGAACCUACCAGACGGGUCAGGCCUCGUUCAGUCGCUACAGUCGACCGUACUUUGAUUCUUUAAACGAGGAUGCCGGCGAGGCUGCCGAACCAUUCAACCUAUUCACAGCUGCAGAAGCUGAUUACCCAACUGUGGGCUUCUGUCCAGCUGUCGACUGUAAUUUCACAAGGGAUUUCUGCGAAUGGCGAAACGAGGAAGCAGGCCAUUCGCAAUGGAAGAUUCGACUGCAAUCAAAACCUGAACAUUACGAAUUUUACCUCCCACCAGGUAUUACCAUAGUCGUGCAGAUUUCAUCAUUUACGCAGCAGCAGUAUAACAAAAUAUCUUAAAA